AUGGCAUACGAAAACCUUAUAUCGGCCUACAGCCUCUCCCCUCCGAAUUACCCGCUCCUUUUCGUCUCUCUCAUCACCUUCGCAUUCGGGUAUAUCGAAUAUAUCUACUCCUUUGCUCUCGUGGUUCGCGAAGGUAAAUCUCCCUUUCCGGUAUGGAUGCACACUUUUUACCUGGCCCACGACUCUACCUACUGCAUUCGACUUUUCAUCGCCGCAUCCACACAUGACUGGAACUGGUUCCUUACCGGAAUGAGCGCCGCGCUGCUAGUUUGGAUCUUCUUCGAAUUACUCAACUUGUAUAUGGCAGUCACAGUUGAGAGAGAGGAGAUCUGGGGUGCCGGUGCUAGAAAGGACAAACGAAAUGACAAGAUGGGAAUGAAGUCUCGGAAUGGAAUUGGGAGGCCGUUAUUGGAUGUGGUGGUGCAAAUCACCGGAUUCUUUUGCGUAGUGAAUCUCUUCAUCUCUUUCGUUGGAGCUGAUUGUCUCUUCGAAUGGUGCCUAUUCACCUUCGUUGUGAUGGCCUGGGGACCCGGGAUUUUAUGGUGUACGAGAGAGGACCGCCGAGGCUGCUCGGUGGGACUGGCGUGGGUUAUCGUUGGGGGCACAAUAAACACCUUUGCACCAUGGAGCAUGUGGGUUAUGGCCAUGCCGGAAACAUUCGGCGGUGCGUGGUUCUACGCGAGUGGGAUUGUAUUUACCGCCAUCGCGCUUAUGAAUGUCGGUGUCGUGUCGCAGAGUAGAGGGAACAUGACGAAAGAUGCAAAACAGAACGUGCCAAUAGGGCCUGUCGCUAUGGUCGGCGAGUAG